UUGCAGGUGCAGAUAAUAAGGACAUGAACAUCUUCUAUAACUGGCCAAGUAGUGAAUGGCAGGAGAGACUCACAGCUUGAGAAACAACAGCCUUUCUGACUACAGACCAAUCUGCUUUCAAGCUUCCAGAAAAAAUACCAGACCAGCUAUUCAAUGGCUACAGGAAAAACCAUUCCAUAAAGGAAAUGUAAAACAUCAUGUAAAAACACAAUACUCCAUCCUAUAGUCAAUUUAGACACAGAACACUAAAGUUGAAAAGACACAAACAUAGGCUGGAAGGUGAACAAAAAGACAAUAUUACAUUUAAAACAGACUACAAAAAAAUGUAAUGUGGAUCUAGCCAUCUGUUAAAACUAUUUACCAAUCACAGCAAUGCACACCCUAAAUAUUAAUUUAAUUCAUGUGCAGAGGGUGUCUAUGCAUACAUUAACAGUACUGCAAAGUCUGACAACCCGGAGAACCUAUCACAUUCUUUCUAGAGUGUGAACCCAAGCAUCAAUUGGAUGGCUGCCAGGAGCUUGUCUGCUGGUUUUACUUUCCAAGUUGCAUAUUCACUUAAGAACAAUUCACUUGAGGACAUAGGACAACCUUUGCUUCUUUGGCAGAAAUGUCCUUUCCAAUAUUGCAGGGCAGCCAAGGCCAAAUUUGUUAAACCAACAAAUGGAGAUCAGAUCUGUUGUUCAGCAUGCAAAAUAACAGUCACUAUUUUUUGCCCAUUAAAAGCACUAACCCCUUCAGUAGAAAAGGUUGUGAACAAGACACAUUAAGCUGAACAAAGAAAAUGAAAAUACUGCCUUGUUGCCACUCUCUCUUUCUAGUCAGCACCACUCUGAUGCAGUUUUUCUAUGGAUAAUUGCAUUGCCUAAACAUGGAUGGUGUCAUAAUAAGGAGGGGAAAAUACUGGUACAAUUAAAGCACAUUUAACCAUGUCUCUCUGAAGAGCUAAGGGCAUGCUGAAGACAGUAUUAUGAAAUGUCCCCCAAAAUCGUUGCCAGGACAUAUUUGUGGCAUGAUUAAGUGAAAAAUGGGGAAAAACCUGUAAUCCCCAAAAGCAACCUCAACAUUUAUAAAAUAUGUUAGGGUUUCUCACUGCUAAUCUAGACUGGGUGGGGAAUUUGAAUGACUGGUGGGGAAUUCAAAUGACUGAAUUGAUCUGAAACAGCCAAUAGAUGCCAGUGCUGUUUAUUAAUGAAUUUAUAGGUAGUAUUAGACUGGAACAGCUAUAAAUCCCAUAAAUAAACAAGCCCAAGGGAUGGGCAGAUGUUUCUGCUUUGUAGUGAGAAAAGGCCAUAAAAGCCUAAUUUAUAUCAAAGCAAAUAAACCCAUUCUCUCGGUAACCUCUUUGCUUAACUGUGGAUUAUUGAAUAAGCCACAUUUGUCUAAGCCAAUUUAGCUACACAAAAUCAAAUAAACCAUAUUAUGGCUUAUAUAGCGCAAUUGCCAUUUUGCUCGGUCUUUUUGCCCGCCAAGGUCUUUUAUGCUGGUAGUGUGGCCUGUCACAAAAGACUCUUUUUUUUGUUUUCUUUUUCAUCCUAACCUUUGGCUUUCCCCUCUUCUUCCUCUUCUCCACAACUGCCUUGUUCAUGGAUUGUAGCAAAGUCAACCCUUAAAGACUUCUUUUUGUAUACUGCUGAGAAUAGCACCGAGUGAAGCGGUUAAUAAAGAGCUCAAUUUAUUUUAGAACAGAAUAGAUUUUUUUAUUGGCCAAGUGUGAUGGGGCACGCUUGAUGCAUAUGCUCUCAGUGUACAUAAAAGAAAAGAUACGUUCAUCAAGAAUUCUAAGGUACAACACUUAAUGAUAGUCAUAGGGUACAAAUAAGCAAUCAGGAAACUAUCAAUAUAAAUCGUAAGGAUACAAGCUAUAAGUGGAAGGAGACGGGUGAUGGGAAUGAUUAGAAGAUUAAUAGUAGUGCAGGUUUAGUAAAUAGUUUGACAGUGUUGAGGGAAUUAUUUGUUUAACAGUGUUGAGGGAAUUAUUUGUUUAACAAAGUGAUGGCUUUUGGGGGAAAAAACUGUUCUUGUGUCUAGUUGUUCUGGUGUGCAGUGCAGUGCUCUAUAGCAUCGUUUUGAGGGUAGGAGUUGAAACAGUUUAUGUCCAGGGUGUAAGGGGUCUGUAAAUAUUUUCACAGCCCACUUUUUGACUGUGCAGUAUACAAGUCCUCAAUGGAAAGCAGGUUGGUAGCAAUUGUUUUUUCUGCAGUUCUAAUUAUCCUCUAAAGUCUGUGUCUGUCUUGUUGGGUUGCAGAACGAACAAGGGUUCAUAAAUAGAUAAGGAAAGCCUAGACUCGGAGAGAGUUUGGCCUACGUCCGUAUAGGAACAGGCCCAGCCUGAAAGUUGUAAAAGAAACGAAGGGAAGGAAAAGCAGCGCUUGCUUUCUGCUUUCAGGUCUAAAGGGAGUUCAGCCAGCCGUGUCUGAGCUGGUGUGGUCUGACUUCCCGCCCCGCGGGCGGUCUCGGGGAACUUUUCCCCCGCCUUCUUCAAAAGACCCAGUGGCCCGGAGCGGUACAGCAUUCGCAUCAGACAACAGCGGGAUGGCCAGGACGACCCUAGCCCCGCGCUUUCUGUGCCCCUUUUGGCCGCGGACCCCUUGCGCGACCCCCCCGCGGGUGGCUGCGGGAGGUGUUCUCCGAAGGUUCUUAGCUGCAGCGGCACCUGCUCGCCGCCUAGACCUGCAGGGUAUCUAUCCGCCCCUCGUCACCCCUUUCACGUCUCAAGGCCGUGUAGAUUACGCCCGGUUGCAUGAGAAUCUGCGCCUCUACGCCGAAAUUCCCUUCCGAGGUUUUGUAGUACAUGGUUCCAAUGGGGAAGCUCCCUACUUGACACAGGAGGAAUGCCUGGAAGUAGUGAUGCGGGUGCACCAAGCUGUGCCUAAGGAAAAGCUUCUGCUGGUUGGGUCAGGAUGUGAAUCAACUCACUGCACCAUUGAGAAAACAAAACAAAUGGCUGACAAGGGUGCUGAUGCUGCUCUUGUGGUGACUCCUUGCUACUUCCGUGGAAGCAUGACCAGUGCUGCCUUGAUCCAUCAUUACACCCAGGUGGCUGAUGCAUCUCCAAUUCCUGUGAUACUCUACAGUGUUCCAGCCAACACAGGCUUGGAACUGCCCAAUGAGGCAGUGGUCAGUCUUGCGCAACAUCCUAACAUAGUGGGGAUCAAGGACAGUGAUGGCAACAUUACUCGCCUGGGGCUGCUGGUCCACAAGACACAGAAUGAAGACUUCCAGGUAUUGGCAGGAUCUGCUGGUUUUUUGCUAGCCAGCUAUAUUGUAGGUGCUACAGGAGGAGUCUGUGCCCUUGCCAAUGUAUUAGGCAGUCCUGUCUGUCAGCUUGAUGAACUUUGCCGUGGUGGAAACUGGGAUGAAGCCCGUAAACUGCAGCACCGAUUGAUUGAACCAAACAUUGCAGUCACCCGGAAAUUUGGAGUCCCAGGUCUCAAGCAGGCGAUGGAGUGGUUUGGCUAUAAAGGAGGCUUUUGCCGUGCCCCUUUGCUCCCAUUAACUGAGAUACAAUUAAUGGAAUUACACCAUGAUUUCACCUCCAAUGGCUGGCUCUGAAAGACAAAGGAGUUAUAGCAAUGCCUGGAAUCUUGAUGCAGCCAAUUACUGUCUAAUUGGGAAAGGCUCACAUAUCCUGCAAUUUACUUAAAUGCAUGCAGCUCAUUGAACUCAUAGUGUACUUAUUGGAGCAUUGCUAUAGCAACAAAACAAUGAAGUAAAAUCUUCAGAAUGGAGCUUUAGAUGAGAAAAUGCUGUAUCUGCACCUCAAGGUUGACUAGAACAGGGGUCUCCAACCUUGGUCCCUUUAAGACUUGUGGACUUCAACUCCCAGAAUCCCUCAGCCAGCAAAGCUGGCUGAGGAACUCUGGGAGUUGAAGUCCACAAGUCUUAAAGGGACCAAGGCUGGAGACCCCUGGACUAGAAGGCCAACAUUCCUUUGCCACUUAAAAUUUCUUGAUUCUACAUAGUACACCUAUGCCUAGGAUAUGGUCUUAUCUAUCUUCUAUUCUUUUCAGCAUUUUCUUAUAUCCUGACUAGUUCUGGAAUCAUAGAAUGGUGAAAGGCUAAUUCUCUGGGUUUGGAAAUCAGAUGUGCGUAAUCUUAAUGCCCUAUGUAAAAGAUGACAUUUCAUGCAUUUUUAUGAUUUACUAGGUCAAAAUACCAUUUGCACCGCUACCUCAUGCACAGUAAAUUGAGUUUGUUGAAUAGUUGUGUGAUCCACUGGAAAAUUGAACAGUCUUGAGAUGGUAUAAGAAUAUGCAGUUAGUGAAUGAUUAUGUGCCAUCAAGUCAUUUUUGAUUUUUAGUGACUACAUAGAUUUUCUCCAUUACAAUCUAUCCCUAAUCAUUAUCUACAAUAUUUAUUUAUGGUAUUCACUGAAGCUAGAUCAGUACAAUUUAAAUGUUUUUUUUUAAAUAUUUCAUAACAUUGCUGCAUAGAUCUGACAGUGCUCAAGGGCAGAAGUGUUAUAGUAUGGCAUAAAAAUACAUUCUUCAAGAUAAUUAUGCUUCUGUUAUUGACCUUUUUCUGCUGUCUAAUAAUGGUGCAUUAUAUUUGGAAAAAGAAAUGGAGAACCGUUUAAUAGUUUUGUUGACUAUAUUUUUAGCUAAAGCAUAAACACACUAAGGCUAAUUGAUGGUACAACUUCUUUCAGUACACCCAGAUCCAAAAUGACUAGAAGUAGAUAAUUGUGCCUAUAUAGUCACAGCCCCAACCAGUGGUGGGCUAGAACCAGUUUAACAACCAGUUCUGUGAGCGCACGCUUUGUCCGUGCACAAGCCUAAUACUUUUGCAUGCAGCAUUCAAAGUACAGCAAUUUGAAGCUCAGAUGCUUACCUUCUAAGGCAGCCCCAGUCAGUAGAACAGUGGAGGGACGGAAAUCAGUUGUGCCGCACAAAUCAGCUUAGCCAGAAAGAAAAAAAGAUAGGACAGGAUGGGGUGGGGGCAGGUGAGCGGGGCCAGCUGAUGGUCAGAACUACCUGUUCGCUAGAACGGGUCUGAACCGGAAGCAGCCCACCACUGGCCCCAACCCCAAUAACUAUAUAGCUGGAGAUUAGUGAGACUGGAGCAUCACUCAAUCAGUCAAUCAAGCUGUUUCAUAAAGUAUUUUCUACAAUCCUGCAGCAUGCACGGAACCAAAAUUUUUAUGGAAAAAUCUCUUCUUCAAGUGGAAAAAGUUGGGGAAAUUGAAGUUGUAAAUAACAAAAUGCACGGCUUCCUUACAAGUACUUAAGUUUAGUUGAACCAGUUAAUGGAAGUUAACUAAUUGUGUCAAAAUUUUCUUUAAAAAAUUUAGACAUGA